GGCUGCUGGGUGGGAACAUGAAGGCUGAGCACAGUUCUGAACUGCCCAAACCAGAGACUGACUGGGAGUCCGGCACAAGAUCUGGCGAUUGCUUAACGAGACUCGAUGGUUUUAUCUGCAGUAAAUGUGGUGAAACCUUCACUGUGAAUAGUCAUCUUCUCACCCACCUCUGUGGGAAACACGAGAGAAUCUACUCCAGAGAGAAACUAUACAGCUGUACAGAAUGUCGGAGAACCUUCACUACAGACACAGAACUCCAAUCUCACCAAAUGAUUUACAUGGAAAGGGACCCAUUCACCUGUACAGAAUGUGGGAAAUCUUUUUCUGAAAGGGGCAAUCUUAAAUGCCACCACAAAACUCACACUGGAGAGAAACCAUUCACCUGUAUGGAAUGUGGGAAAUGUUUUUCUGUAAAGAGUUCCCUUAAGCACCACUACAAAGCUCACAUUACAGAGAAAGCAGUCCGUUGUACAGAAUGCGGGAAAGAGUUUACUUCAAAGUAUUACCUGAAUGUACACAAAAGACUUCACACUGGAGAGAAACCAUUCACCUGUACACAAUGUGGGAAAUGUUUUUCUGAUAAGAGCGCGCUUAAAUACCACCACAAAACUCACACUGGAGAGAAACCUUUUGCCUGUACAGAAUGUGGGAAGAGUUUUACUGAAAAAAGUAUACUUCAAAAGCACCAAAGAACUCACACUGGUGAGAAACCAUUCACCUGUACAGAAUGUGGGAAAUCUUAUUCAGCAAUGAGCACUCUUGAAUGCCACCGCAGAACUCACACCGGAGAGAAACCAUUUACCUGUACCGAAUGUGGGAAGAGUUUUACUGAAAAAAGUAUUCUACGAAAGCACCAUAAAACUCACACUGGAGAGAAACCAUUCACCUGUACCGAAUGUGGGAAGAGUUUUACUGAAAAAAGUAUACUUCGAAAGCACCAAAUAACUCACACAGGAGAGAAACCAUUCACCUGUACAGAAUGUGGGAAAUGUUUUUCUGAUAAGACUGCACUUAAAUACCACCACAAAACUCACACUGGAGAGAAACCGUUUGCCUGCACAGAAUGUGGGAAGAGUUUUACUGAUAAAAGUAUACUUCGAAACCACCAAAGAACUCACACUGGUGAGAAACCAUUCACCUGUACAGAAUGUGGGAAAUCUUAUUCUGCAAUGAGCACCCUUAAAUGCCACCGCAGAACUCACACUGGAGAGAAACCAUUCACCUGUACCGAAUGUGGGAAGAGUUUUACUGAAAAAAGUAUACUUCGGAAGCACCACAAAACUCACACCGGAGAGAAACCAUUCACCUGUACCGAAUGUGGGAAGAGUUUUACUCAUAAAAGUAUUCUUCAAAAGCACCAAAGAACUCACACAGGAGAGAAACCAUUCACCUGUACUGAAUGUGGGAAAUGUUUUUCUGAUAAGACCGCAAUUAAAUACCACCGCAUAACUCACACUGGAGAGAAACCAUUCACCUGUACAGAAUGACGGGAACAAAGGUUUCCUUUUAAAACAACUCUUAACAAACAUACAAUAGAUGCUUGGGAGGAACCUUAUAUGGGUCGCUGA